AUGACGGCAACUUCACUGCAGCAGAAGGAAGCGGACUUUACGUACCACCCGCAAGUCUCGCCAUUCGCGGUGUCGUCACAAACAUAUCUCACGACGCAUUCUGAUCUAAGCUACUCUUACAUCGCAACCGGAUGCUUUGUCUUCGACAAAUCUGAACCAAACGAGCCUCGCAUACUACUUCUACAGCGCUCCGAAACCGACAGCAUGCCAAAUCGCUGGGAAAUUCCCGGUGGAGCGUGCGACGACGACGAUGAAAGCAUUCUGCACGGCGCAGCCCGUGAGCUGCUCGAAGAGGCCGGACUCAAAGCCACUCACAUCGGACCCCAAGUUGGCGAAGGCGAGUUCUUCACAAGUAGAUCAGGAAAGAAUAUUUGCAAAUUCAUGUUCUUUGUAGAAGUUGAGCUUGAUGAUGACGAAGGGCACCUACCAGCUGUAAAGUUGGAUCCCAAAGAGCAUCAGCAGUACGUAUGGGCAACUCGGCAGGAAGUCGAAGCAAGCUGCUCUGGAUCCACUCUGCUGCAGUUUACCACAUCCGAUCUCGAGAAGGCAGUAUUGGAAUCCUUCUCCUCGAAUCAAGUUGGGAAUGAUUGA